UUGCGAGCGGAGAGAACAGAGAGAGAGAGAACGAGCGCGCGCGCGUUUUAGCGCGGAAGGGCUCAAAAGAGCACACCGCACUGGGUCGUCGCCCUUGGCGAACGUACACGUGCGCGGCUGGCGGUGAACACGAGGGCACACACGUGCGAACGCACGCACCAGCUCCAGAACGUGACUUCGGACGAUUAAAUUGCAAUGUGAGAGCAUUCUUCAUCGAGCUAGCUGUUAGUGCGCUCGAUUAUCAUUAGCGAAGAGACGACACUUGUCUGCGCGCCUAUCAGCUCAGAAAUUUCCUUCGCGAUUCCUCCGAGCGAAGACCAUCUCGCAACACGCGCACGAGAAUGUCCCCUCAUCGGCCAUGGGGCUCCACGGAGAACGGUCAAAUAGAGUUCGAGUCCUUGACCACCGAGACCCUGGAGGGUGCCCUCGACGUGAUAAGGAAGUGCUUCGUCGUCAGGGAAAGCACGUGCAUAGGUGUGGACUUACUUUCUGAGCCAGGAGCGGCCGAGGAGAUUGUGGAACUUUGCAGGGACAGCGCCAGGGAUGGCGUUACCGCUAUAGCCGUCGAUAUAAGCACCAGGAAAGUUGUUGGCGUUGCCUUCAACAAGAUCCAAGUAUGCACCGCUGGCAAGGGUUACUUCGAGAAAUUCAGCGAGAACUGCAAGUGCGAGUCAUCGAAGGCCUUCAUGGACUAUAUGAUAAACGUGGACGGCAGGUUGAAUAUUUUCAAGAACUACAACACCAAUUGCGUCCUCGAGCUCAUGAGCUUAGCCGUGCUGCCCGAGUAUGGGCAACGGCAUAUAGGUGAAUUGCUGGUCUCGACCGUGCUGCAGAUCGGCACUGAGCUGAAGCGGGGCAACGACGUGAGAGUGCCGGUCAUGGUACGCGGCAGCAACGAGGUGACCAACGCCAACAUGGUGCCCACGUUGGUCUGCUGCAUCUUGACUUCAAAGUACUCGCAGUCUAUCACCGUUAAACUCGGCUUCAAGGAGUUGCUGAGAGUUUCCUUCGAAGAGUUCGAGUUCAAGGGGAAGAAGUUCAGCGAUAGAAUCACGACAAUACACAAAGAUGGCACCUUGAUGGCCAAGAUACUUAAGUAGAUGUAGAUCGUCGCGCAAUCGAAUAAUCGCACAAUCGAAAUGAUUUUGACACGGUAUGAUUUCGCUGAAACAGUAAACUUUGCUACAGGUUUGGUUAGACUAGAAAUUCUUAGGUUUAGAGCUUUACUACCUUGUGCUCUUACCGACAACUUUCGUCUUUCGCGAGAAUACCUUUGACCGAGUACAUUCUGUUUGUUUAAUACAGCACGCGCGCUCGCCAGAACAUUGUAAUGGGCCAACGAGCGACAAGUAGACCGGUGACAGCUAAAUGCACAACUUGACGUCGUUGUUCCACUUGAGCUUUGAUAUCCUAGAUUGCGAUGUGGCUUUUUGCGGAUGCGUACGUAACGCACUGCGUGCGGACUGCGUUACAACGGAAUUUGAUAAUGCAUUGAUAUCGUCAAUAUUAGACAUCGCGUCAGUGCCGGAAAUUUGAGAUAAUACACGCGAGAAAUAUUCCACGAAACACUGCAAUCAAAUGCGGAUGUGUAUGUGUGGG